CCACUACAUAGAGCGCCUUUAGCGCCAGCAGUUGUUCUGCCAUGGGCUCAAAGCCAUGCCUGAGAGAACAGCGGCAGGCGACAAAGGUGCAGCUGCUGACCGCGCUUCCUCUGGUAUUCUGCUAGAGGUUGCUCAUGGAUUUGGGUCGCAUGCUGGCAAGAUCCGUGAUGCACUGCUCUUUGGAGACAUCGCCGGGCAAUACUUGGCGCAUGUGGUCGGUCGGCAAUUGGUCUUCCGAAAUCUCUUGGGGGGUGAGGUUGGCUUUGCAGCAGAGAAAGGGGACAUUCAGGUGAUCACGGCCUGUGCUGCCUCGCGAGACCGAUCCUUCUUGGCCGUGUGCCGCAGUGCCAUGGAACGUUGUAGCAUCUCCAUCUAUGAGUUGGGACCCCAUGCCACCAAUCGGCCAGUGCAGACGCUGGAGGAAUUGCAUGGGCGCGAUGGCCCCGUGGGUCCCUUGAGUGCAGUGGCCUUCUCCUCUGUUUCAAUCGCUAGUGGAGUGGCGGAGGAUUCCAAUUGCAGGCUUUGCGUGUCCUCCACAGGGCACUACGCACAGAUCAUCGUCUUGGAUUGGAGACUCAAUGAGGUCAUUGGCCGCUUUAUGAUUGAAGAGCCUCUCACGCGGAUCGCUUUCAGUACUCUGGACUCAGAUAUUAUUUCCGGCACUGGGCCAAACACCUUCGAGCUCUGGCUGUUGAAGGACUUCACCUCCUCUCCGGAGGAGUCAGAGAAGCUGGAAUCCAAGGAGAUGAUAACGCUGCAGCCAGUUGAAGAGCUUGUUGAUCACUUCGCUGCCACUUUUAUGGAUCAUGCGUGGCUCCAGCCGGCGAACGGCGCGCUAGCAAUCUGCACAGAGCAGGGAGCUGUGGACAUCAUCUCCAGUGGCCUUGAUGUGGAGGAUGUAGAAGCCAGAGCUCACGCAGAUGUGGAUCCAGUUCCAUACUUCGUUUGCCACAUCGAAUGUCCAUUUGGCCAAGUGCUUGCCGGGCUACCUGCCUCCUGCAUUCAGUCUUUUGCGGGUGGCUUUGUCGUGGCCGGAGCGCAAAGUCACAUCGCUGUAUGGCGCAUGGAGGCGGAUGAGGGUGAAGCGCAUGACGACCUGCUGGGCGGGCCAUCCUACAAGCAUGACUGCACAGCUUGCUUGGCCUUGGGUGCAGGCUCAGCAGUGGCCGAGCUGGACUUGGUCGGGAGCCGCGACGAGGUCUAUGCCGCUGUUGGCUUUGAAAACGCCUAUAUCACCCACUUCCGCCUGGGUAUAUUGCGUGCUGGAGAUGUUGUGCCAUCUUCGCCAGCCACGCUGCCAGCGUUAGAGAUGAGAAGCGAACCUGUUGAGGACCUACCACUCAUUGGGGGAGGCUGCCACUCAGGCCCCGUGUCCAAUCUAGACAUUGCCGUGCAGCGACCGAUUGUGGUCUCCGCCUGCAGCCAAGAUGGGACCAUUCGAGUUUGGGAUUACCAAGCUGGCGAGUGCAGCCUUUGCUGGCAAGCCACAGAAGAACUGACCAGUCUGGCGUUGCAUCCCUUCGGCUUCCUCCUUGCUGUGAGCUUUAGUGAUAGGAUUCGCCUCAUGGAAAUCCUGGCCAAAGAUCUGAAGCUCUUCUCCGAAAUCAAUAUCAAGAACGUUCACCUGCUCCGCUUCUCAAACGGUGGCCACGUUUUGGCAGCUGCACAGGCAAAGGUGAUCAUUAUCUUCAGCACACGCACCCUCAAGAAGGUGGCCACCUUGCGAGGACAUUCCAGAGAGGUGGCUUGCGUCUUCUUUGACCCCUUAGACAAAACGAUGGUCUCAGUUGGAGAGGAUGGCAAGGUCUGUGAGUGGAGCACCGAGAACUGGAGUUCGAUCAACGAGUACGGCGUGCAUGGUGAAGCCUUGGCCAUCGCAACUGCUGGUGAGGGUCGUGUAUGGGCUGGCGUUGCAGAGUCCGAACACGCAACAUUUCGCUCCUUCCGAAAUGGUGUCUACCAUCAGAACGAGGACAUCGUCUUCCACUCCUCGGAACACAUCAGCUCGAUGGACCUGUUCAGCCGACCGUCGGAGGUGUCUAUCCUUGCGGGCGACCUCGCUGGGAAUCUACUGGCCUUUUGUGGUGUCACUGGAGUUUUGAGGACUACUACGUUGGGCUUGCAUGAUGGCGGAAUCACUGCACUCCGCAUAUCCAGUGAUGGGCAUACCGUUGCAACUGCUGGAAAAGAUGGCUCCGUCUUUGUCUUGAAUGCUGAUGGCUUCACGGACUCUCAGCUGUCUGAAAGUCGUCGGCAGCCGAUGGAGGUGGUGAUGAUCAAUCGUGGUGACAUCCAACUGCGGCAGGAUGAGAUUUCAGAUCUUACAGCUCAGAUCGCCAAGCUAAAGACACAGCUGGAGGAGAACGCUGCCAGGCUUCAAGGCGAGCUUCGAGCGAGAGUUGAGGAGGCCAGACGGAAAGCGCAAGCCACAAUUCAAUCUCUUCGCAAACUAUAUGAGGAGAAGCAGCAGGCCUCGACUGUGAAGGAGAGAGAAAACUUGCGGAAGAUGAAGAUCACCGAGGCUUUACAUGUCGCGUCAGCAGAUGACGAAGAGAAGGCAUAUGACAAGCGAAUGCGAGCAGAUGCUGAUAGCUAUGUGGCUUUGCAGGCCGAACUUCGAGAAAUGGAGGCCAAAUUUGAGCAGAACCGGCAACAAGCUCGAUGGGAUAUGGAGCAGCAAGAAAUGAAGCAAGAGAAGGUUGUGCAGCAACGCCUCAGUGAGAAGGAUGCUAAGAUCCAGACAUUGAAAGAUUUGAUUGCCUUCACUGAGAAGCGCUUCGAUGCCAUGUUUGACCAGGAAGGUAUGGAGCAAUCCUUGGAGAUCUCAGAAAUCAAGAAGAAGAAUCAGGAGGAGUUGGAGCAGCAACACCUGGUGGAGUACAAGCUCAAGAAGGAUCAAGAUAUGUUAGUGCGAGCGCUGGACAUGAUGGAGAAGGAUCGGGAUCGGAUUGCGAUGGAACAGCGGGAAGCUGGGGUGAGCAUCAGCAACUUAAGAUCGGAGGCUGAACUCAUGAAGCGGGAGGUCCACUCCCUUAAGGUCGAACGGAAGGAGAGAGAGUCCACCCUAAGAGACAAGGAGAUGGAGAUCGGGACUCACAAAGUAAAGGUGCAAACCUUGAAGAAGUUCAAGCAAGUCCUGGAUUUCCGGUUGCGAGAGGUGACUGACUCCCUGAAGCCCAAGGAGGAUAUGAUUGCACAACUCCAUUUGCAGCUGUCCGCGCUUGAAGAGGAAUUUGAGAAGCAACUGGAGAUCCAAGCACAGAUGGAAACCGUGCUUGAGACGAAGAGCCAGCAAGUCUCGGACCUGUCUGCGGAGGUGGAGAAACAGAAAGAACUCAUCAGACAGCGGGAGCGGACCAUCUUUCGCUUCUCAGCAGAUCUCCAUGAGCUGGCAACCGGUGGUGAGGACACCCGCAACUGGCACAUUGGAAUGAAGAGGAUUUGGCGGACACACGUCAACCCAGAGAUUUUCAACCAGGAUGAGGAGCAGAGCCGCCCUAUUCAAGAGCUUGGAAGACAGAUCCAGGUCAUGGAGCGCAAGGCUGGCAUGCUGAACCUUCGUGUGCGGAGUGGUGAGACCACUUCAAAGGCCGACCGAAUUCACAAAGCUCAAGAGAACUCUCUAUUGAUUUGUGAACUGGAAGAGCUCAGAAUCGAGAAGAAGGCACUGAUGGCUCAAGCCAAGGACUUAGAGCUCAGAAUCCGUUUGCAUCAGCAAAGCGAAGAAGUCCAGGCGAAGCCAAUAGAAGCCUUGCCUAGCAGGUCUGGCUCAGAGGCGAAGUCCUCCAAGCAAGCGCUUUGCGAUUUGUUUGAGGAGGCGCCGGAAUGCCAGAGGACACCGAUGAAGGGGACAUUGAAGAAGGGCCAUCUCGUCCGGCCGUUGGGCAACACUGAGAAGAGCGGCCACAAGUCACAAGAGGAGCUUCGCUCCAAGAAACGCUUCUUGAAGCAGGUGGAGAAGACCAAGAUGCAACUGACUGAGCAGAGGAUUCGUCAGCAGCUCGUCCCAACAGAGCUGCAGAGGAUGCAGCAGCGCAAGAGCGGCGAGCCGAGUGUGGUCCUGAGCGAGUCCGGCUCCAGCUCAGCCCCUGCGGGCCCUGCACUGGCGGUGGUGCGCUUUGGCUCUCGAUUCACUCCUGGCUCUUCUGUAGAUUCUUUGCCUUAGUGCUCCUAUGCGGAUCUUUUCCUGCACCCAGAGGUAUUUCACAAGAACACAGGGGAACAUCAACCACACAUCGCCCAGAAAAGGCGCGUGGUCCUUUGUACGAAGAAAGAACCAACAAAGCCGGGUUUUGGUCCUUUGUCUUUUUUCGCGCCAUGACCGGGUCUGUUUAAUGCCCCUCCCGGCCAACAUGACCGGGCUGCUGUGGACAGCUCCGCAGCUCCGAAACCUCGGCCAAGCCGACCCGAAUUCCGAGAUGCAAAAAGAGACGGUGCGCACCGCCGGUCCCUCCGGCGUACCGCAUACCGGUGCGGGCGUUUGGGGGCAUGGGCU